AUGUCCUCCUUCUGUGAGUGGGUGAAGACCGACGACGUCUACCAUGUGAAGCUCACCGGAGUCGACGGCCAUCACUACCUUACCAUGGAAGCUCUCCAUGAGCUCAAGCUCAAGCUCGCUGAGAUCCGUGAGCUCGCGUCGUCGCGGCCAUGCCGAGGCCUCAUCACCUCCUCCUCGUCCACGGAGACGGACGCGGGGGGCUCCUUCUGCGACGGCAUCGACUACAAGAGCCUCCGGGCCAACAUGGCCGCCCCGGUGGCCGAGCAGGCCAGGGCCCUCGCCGACGGCAUGGCCGCCGUGGUGAAGGAGCUCCUCGCCAUGCCGAUGCUCACGGUGUGCGCGGCGACGGGCGGCGCGGCGUCGCUGGGCCUGGCGCUGGCGCUCGCGCACGACGACCUCGUCGUCCUCAGCGACGGCUACUACAAGUUGGGCAACGUGGAGGACGGCGUCGCCGUCCCGCCGCACGUCGCGGCGCUCGUCCGGGAGAAGACGGACCGGUGGUACACGCUGACGACGAUCAAGUCGCGGCCGCGCUCCGGCAACUGGAUGAGGAGGUGGUACUUCGCCGACGGCGAGGCGGCCACCCGGGAGGACGUCCUGCACGAGGCAGAGAGGCUCGUCGGCGAGUGGGCCGGCGAAGACGGGAAGGUGCACGUCGAGAUCAGGAGGCAGCUGUACCGGGAGAGCUGGGAGGCCGUGUCCGCCAUUGUUCCCGAUGAAUAAAAAUCUCACCGGCGUGUCCUCAAAUGAUCCCUUCAAUUCGUCUCAGUCUGAACGAUGUUUACCGAUUUGAUUCUGUUUUAGUUCAUUUUCGUUGUGUUUGAGUUGUGAUAUGGAUGAAACAUCGAUGUGGUCUUGUCGAUCGACAAGUGCUGUGACAUACACCAUUAAUAUUUGAUCGAUAUUCAUGCAUGUAGUCGAACCGAAUUUUAUUACUAUGUAAUUUCCUUUUGCAAUAAA